AUGGGCGAGCUCAUGGAUGUCUUAACCCGGUAUGCCGAGUUAGACACUAUGAAGGAUCCUAGCCCAAACGACGAUCAGACCGAAAAGGAAAAGAAGAAUGCUGGCAGCAAGAAUCAACAACAGAAUUACCCGGGAUACAAUGGCAACCAUGGUGGUCAAGGCAACGGCGGCAAGCGCAAACACCUGGUGGGCAGUUUAGACCUCGUUGCUAAUACCAACACUGGUUAUAAGGGACAGAGACGGAAUAAUUCUGGGAGGCCGUUUAAUGCAAAUAAAGCUCCCAACUUUGAGGAAGCCCUCAAGGUAUACAGGAGCUCCAAGAGUAUGCGGAUCACCGACGGGCAUGCGCUGGGGGAGGAGGUGGCCGGCGUGCUGCGGCAGGCAGCGAGCCUGGCGGUGCGGUGGGGGCACGCGCAGGUGACCCCGCUCCACAUCGCCCGCUCUAUUCUCUCCGCGCCGGCGAGCAUCCUCCGCGCCGCCUGCGUCAGGUCCCAGUCCCACCCUAUGCAGCACAACGCUCUCGACCUGUGCCUGGACCUCGCGCUCGGCAGCCUCGCCGUGACCACCGUGGUCCACAACAGUGUCGACCCGGCGCCGUCGAACGCGUGCGUGGCCGCGCUGAAGCGGGCGCAGGCGCACCAGCACAGGGGCAGGAGCGCGGCCGAGGUCGAGCUCGAGAAGCUCGUCGUCUCCAUCCUCGACGACCCGAGCGUCGACCGCGUCAUGCGCGCGGCCGGCUUCUCGAGCUCCCAGAUCAGGGCCAGCGUCGAGAGCGCUCUCACUUCGUCGAAGAGAUCAAGAUCAAGUAAGGCAGGUUGCGACAUCCUCGCGACAUGUCCAGCUCCGGUUCAGGACAUGAUUAGGGCUGGACAAGGCAGAAGUGAGUGCCAAGCUAGCAAUGCAAAAACAGGAGCAGGAGGGCGACCGGCCAUCUUUGGCGCAUCGACGGCGAGCAUUCCUCCGUGGCUCCGCCGCUACAAAGAUACAACUUGCGUCAGGUCAACAUACUGCGGCGCCAGUCUUCAGGCAGACGCUGCUUGCCGCCGGCCGAAGUUCACGGAGCUCACCGCGACAAAUCUCAAUAUCCUCUGCAACGCGCUCCAGCUGCGCGUUCCGCGUCACGGGAACAUCAUCCCCGGCAUAUCGUGCACGGUGCUCCGGUGCAGAUCCGGCGUGACGAGGACUAUUCCUAGCUCGCUGUCCUCGACGAAAGCGACCUGCCUGCUCUUCCUAGGAGGGGACUAUGGCGGCAAGGUGGCAGUCGCUCAGGAGCUCGCGAGGCUCCUGUUUGGCUCAUACGCCGAGUUCACCACCGUCCAGCUGCAGAGUAGCCCUAACAUUCGCACACACAACGGCAAGCUAGCCCUCAAGAGGCAGAGAUCCCCGCACAAUGACGGCGACCUCGAAGAGAGGCUGUUUGAAGCGGUCGUGGAGAACCCUCACCGCGUUAUAUUGAUGGACGGCGUCGACCUCCAGGAUCGCGAUUCGGAGAUGCACAUCAUGGGGGGAGGAAUGGUGAGGGGAUGCAACGGUGAUGUGGUCAACCUGGAGGAUGCCAUCAUAGUGCUGAGCGCCUCUGACGUCUUGGACUCGAGGAGGUACGUGGCUUCACCUUCCUCCCCACGGGUGAAACGGCGGUUUGGUGGACAGAAGAACCGUGAGAAAGGUGAUGAUGGCACGGAGAUGAAGCGUCGUCAUGGCUGCGAUUUGAGUGUUUGUGCAGUGGUUGAGGAAGAGGAGGAGGAAGAUAGUUUGGCUGAUGACGACGAGGGGAUCCAGAAUGGUGUGGAUGGCGUUUUCCUUUUCAAUUAG